AUGUGGACACCUCCAGGCCAGAACCAAAGCUGGGUUUCUGAAUUUAUCCUGCUUGGCUUCUCUGGUGAUCCCACGUUCAACAGGAUCCUCUUCAUUUCCUUCCUUCUCCUUUACCUGAGCUCAGUCCUGGGCAAUGGACUCAUCAUCGCCCUGAUCUGCCUGGACAUACAGCUUCACACACCCAUGUACUUCUUCCUCUGCAUCCUCUCCCUGCUAGAUAUGGGCUGUGUCACCACUACCAUGCCCCAGAUGUUGGUGCAUCUCCUCGCUCGCUGUCAGACCAUCUCCUUUGCCAGCUGUUGGCUGCAGAUGUAUGUGUUUGGUGCCUUAGGCCUAACUGAGUGUAUUUUCUUCGUAGUCAUGGCUUAUGACCGAUAUGUGGCCAUCUGCCACCCACUGCAUUAUACUGUCAUCCUCAGCUGGGGCCUGUGCAUACGACUGGCAGCUGGGACCUGGGCCUGUGGUUUCUUCUUCUCUCUGAUCCAUACUUUCCUCACCAUGAGGCUGCCAUACUGUGGGCCCAACGUGGUCAACCACUACUUCUGUGAAGGCCCCUCAGUACGAAGCCUGGCUUGCAUGGAUACUCACCUUAUUGAGAUGGUAGACCUGGUCAUCAGUGUCUUCAUGGUUGUCGCCCCACUCUCCCUCAUUCUGGCCUCCUACAUCCGUAUUGGCCAGACCAUUAUCAAGAUCAAGUCUACACAGGGCCGCUGCAAGGCUUUCUCCACCUGUGCUUCCCAUGUGACCGUGGUCACACUCUUCUAUGCCCCAGCCACAUACAUCUAUAUGAGGCCCAACUCCAGCUAUUCCCCUGAGCAAGACAAGCAGAUCUCACUCUUUUAUAAUGUCUUCACUGCCUUUCUCAACCCUGUGGUCUACAGUCUGAGGAACAAGGACAUCAAGGGGGCUUUUCUCAAAGUGAUGGGGUGGGGUAGGGUGCCCUGGUGA